AUGGUGCGGAUACGGGAAGGGGACGAGUGGAAGACUGUCUUCGACAUGGCCAGCGGUCACUACGAAUAUGCCAUGGCCCUCUACAACCAGCAUGUCUGCCCCGUGGAUAACUGGCUGUAUAAUCAGUCGUGUGAGGAGAAGCUGUCUCUACAGAGGGGUCCUGAGCUGUGCUGUACCCUGGACAAUGUCCCACUCAUCAGUAAGUGUGGGACCGUGCCCCCGGAGAGUUGCUUCUUCAGCCUCAUCUGCAGUACUGGAUGCUUCAUGGUGAUGUUGAUAGGACUGCUGCGGUAUGCCCACGUCAUAGAGAAGCACCAGAACUGUGUCCUCAACACGGCCAGCCUCUCCACUGGCUGGAUCUGUGCUGCAGGACUCAUCGUGGUGGGCAACUUCCAGGUGGAUUAUGCCAAAGUGCUACACUACGUGGGUGCAGGGGUGGCUUUUCCCACCAGUAUACUGUUUGUAUGUCCGCAGUCAGCCCUGAACUACCGGCUGGCCAAGACCCAUGGGGAGUACAACGUGGGCCACCUGCGACUCGGGAUGAGCCUGCUAGCCUUCAUCACCCUGGUUCUCAGCGAUGUCUUCUUCAUCCAGGAGAGCUUUGCCCUGCAGCACGCCUCUGCCAUCUUUGAGUGGCUCUUCUGCAUCAUCAUCAUGCUCUUCUUUGGGACCUUUGCUUUUGAGUUUGGGGACAUGUCCGGGGACACCCUGAUGGUGCUGGCCAGAGGAGGGGGUGUCCAGGGCUUUUCUAGCAGUGACCACAAGGCUGAGGAGGCAGGAGGUCCCAACCACCACUAUCAACCAGAUGGCAUAGCCAUGCUGUAGGCCUAUCAAAGU